AUGGAGAAGCAAGGGAAGCAAGAUACCAUUGAGAAAAAAUUCAUGGAGCUUCUUCGUGAUAAUGACUAUAACCAAGAAACAAUAGCUAAGAUGAUGAAAAUGCCUCUCCCUCUUAAAUUAGAAUUCAUUGAGAGAGAUCAAGCUGCUGAGAAGGAGAUUCGUGAUCCUCAUUAUUUCUUUGAAAUGAUAAGGAAAAGUUUCUCCGAAGAAAGCAUCAUAAGCCUUAAAACAGUCUUAAAAACUUGCAAAAUUUCUUGGGUUCAGUUAUUUAUAUUAAAUCAAGGAUUAGAAUUCCUUAUUCAGCAUAUUUGUGAAUUUACUGAAGAAGCCACCCUCGGAAAUAUGAAUCCAAAAAGAAGAAAAUUACUUUAUGAAUUAAUUCAGUGUAUUAAAAUCCUUGCCGAUGUUCGUUCAUCACGCGAAGAAUUUGUAAAUCAUCCAGAAUAUCUCCCGCCGCUACUUUCUGUUAUCAUGUAUCAAGAUAUCGAUAUAAUGACAGACAUUCUUGCAAUUGCUGUCGCUUUUGCACCAUCACCUCUCUUCGUUGAGUUUGUUCUCGGAAAUAUCGACGUUUUACACCGUGGAAAAUUCAACGGAUGGGAAGUUUUAAUAGAAUAUCUUAAAGUCGUCGAAGACUUGAAGAACAAUACAACACUAAAACCAGAAUACAUUGCUAAGAAGCAAAUGGAUGCGGAGAAGACAUUCUUUGCUUUCUUCGGCUCUGUUGUGAAGAAAAUACCAGAUUCAAAGGCACAUGUAUCCCUUCUUUUGAAGCUACAUAAGUCGCAAGUAUUAACACAUCUUGCUAUGUUCCCAGAUCACAAGGAAAGUAUCCAGAAUUUCAUUAACGAAGCAAUUAUUAUCGAAAAAAUCUUUCCAGCAAAGCAUCUCAACCCAUUCGAUAUGCGCCAAGUAUGCAAUUAUGUCGACGAGAACAUGAACCAGGACAGAAGAAUGUCCAUCAACUUACAUCUCGCUAAUUUAUUGCAAACAGCACCAGAAGCAGCCGAUAAAGUCUUAGGAUACUUCGAAAACUUCUUACAUUCUUACAGACAGCAAGUUUCCAUCGGAAAAUCAGAGACUUUCGAUGAAGUUGCUUAUUACUCAUUACAUCCAACAGAUAUUCCCGAAGUUACACUUCCUGCCAUUCUUUCGGACCUUUUCGAGAAGUACGGCUUCCUUCCAAACGAUACUCUUUUAACUUUACCGCUUCCAACUGUAUCAAAUGACGGAGAAGAGAACGAAUCGGCCGAGAGCCUCAAAUUCAGACUCGGCAGCAUUCAGGACGAACUGAAUGUUGUUCGUUCCCAUCUCAAACGUACAUCAAACGAAUUACAAAAUGCAAAAGAAGAUAACGCGAAACUCCACAACACAGUGGAUGAUCUUAAGAAGAAGAUCACCCCAGAUGGAGAAGAUAUCGCUAAGGUAAAAGCUGUUCUCGAGCAAAAAGAAAAAGAAUUAGAACUCAAAACUAAACAACUUGAAGAAAAGAACAAACUUAUCGAAGAACUCAAACGCAAAGCAGCUACAAGUCAACCACAACAAGCUACAGGCGAAUCCGAAAAAGCAGAUUCUGCAUCUGUUCCACCACCUCCAUCCGGAACAGCUCCUCCUCCACCUCCACCACCACCAGGAUUGGUCCCACCGCCACCUCCUCCACCUCCAGGCGCAUCAUUAGUUCCUCCUCCACCUCCUCCGCCUCCAGGAGCUCCAGGAUUAGUUCCUUCUCCACCUCCUGGUGCAGCAGGAUUAGUUCCUCCACCGCCUCCUCCUCCACCUCCAGGCGCAUCAUUAGUUCCUCCUCCACCUCCUCCACCUCCUGGUGCAGCAGGAUUAGUUCCUCCACCGCCUCCUCCUCCACCUGGUGCUGGUGGAAUUCCACCUCCACCACCUCCUCCAGGCGCAGGAAUACCUCCACCUCCACCAGGAGUUCCAGGAAUUCCUCCGCCACCAGGAGCUCCAGGACUUCCUCCUCCACCACCAGGAGUUCCAGGAAUUCCUCCGCCACCAGGAGCUCCAGGACUUCCUCCUCCACCACCAGGAAUGAGGCGAAAUGCAGCCCAAAACUUGAGAAGACACAACACAGCACCACCUACAAAGAUGAAAGGCUUCUUCUGGCAGAAGAUCAACGAUGUACAAGCCAAAGGAACAGUCUGGGAUACAAUGGACGACCUCAAACUCGACUUUUCGAAACUGGAGAAAGCAUUUGCAGCGAAACCACCUCCAGAGAAGAAAGCAAAGGCUCCGAAGAAGGAAGCACCAAAACAAGUCGAGUUACUUGACUCCAACAGAACACGUUCCGUCAACAUCGCUCUUUCCCGCUUCAAGAUCUCUUACGCCGACAUUUCAACAGCCAUCAGACAGCUCAGAUUCGACGGCGUUUUCACAGAAGACCAGUUCUCAUCCCUCUACGCAAACAGGCCUAAACCAGAGGAAAUCACAACAGUCACACAGUACACAGGAGACAAAACAAUGCUUGGCAGCUGCGAGAAGUUCUUCCUCGCGUUGUCAACAAUUUCAAACAUCGAGGAACACUUGAAUUUCAUGAGUACAAGCCACUCUUUCAAGGAGACAAUCAACCAAGUUGAAGUUCCUCUCGACACAUUAACAAACACUUUCAAAGGACUGAAGAAUUCCAAGUCAUUGAAGGAUGUUUUGGCCGUUGUUUUAGCGUUCGGAAACUACAUGAACGGAGGCACAAACAGAGGUGGCGCCAUGGGCUUUAAGAUCAAAAUCCUUGGCGGAUUGGCAGAGCUCAAAGGAUCAUCAGGAAUUACUAUGAUGCAUGUCAUUGUUUAUCAGGUUUUGGACUCUCCUCCAGAAAAGAAUUUGAUUGGAUUUUUGGAGGAUUUGCAGUCUGUUUCUGCUGCUUCUAAAAUGGAUAUUGAAGCUGUCAAGGCAACAUUUGAAGGCCUCAAGACACAAAUGAGAGGUUUCUUGAGAGUCAAAGACGAGUUUGAAGAAAAAGUCGUCGAAGGAGAUCUCUUCUAUCCAAAGGUUUGCGAAUUCGAAGAAAUGGCACAGCCAAUCUUAGAAAGAGUCGAAAACAAACUUAAAGAAGUAGAACAGUUGUACAAAGACUGUUUGUUAAUGUACGGAGAAACAGAAAAGGACUACUCAAUGGCAGCAUUCCUUGAAGUUUUCUCUAAGUUCGUUUCGCAGUUCGAGAACAUCCAGAAAGUUGUAGUGAAAGAACGCGAGAAAGAAGCCAAACUCGAGGAAGCCUGCAGAAGGGAAGAAGAGAAGAGGAAGGCAAAGACAGAAGAAUCAGAUUUCACUCAACAAAGAGGUCUUUUGGAUCACGAAAUCCAGAAGAUGGCCGAACUUUCUACUUCUUCAGAACCAGCGGUUAUUACUUCUCGUGGAAGAGCAGCAAGAAUCAAACAACUCCUCGCGGAAGAGCAUAAAUUCUCUAUGUAA